CUGCAGGUUGUCCGGUAGGGUGCCUGCCGAGCUACAAGCAUGCUGUUGAUGUCAGGAGCAGAGGAGAGGAACGUGAGGAAUGGCUGAAAACUGACGGUGAUCUCCCGCAAGGAAACAAACCGGGACGCAAACGUCCGCUAUGUUUAGCUGAAGACCUGACUGCCCCCCGGACCAGCCUUUCAGCGACGCACUAACAAGCACUGCUAGUGUUUUUCUUCUUCUUUUCUUUUACAGAGGGGGGGAUUAUUUAAUGGGACAGCGAAAACGCAAAAAAACGCAAGGUAGGCUACCGCUCCUGUCGCCAGCAGAGCUACUUUUAUUUUCACGGACUAAUACGACACACGGGUUGAGAAAUGUUUCCCACCAAGGUAAACUGGCCGUCUUCGAAGGCAGUGUUUGUGUUUUGAGCUAGCUAAACGCUUUUGUGGGUACAUUUUUUUUUUUUGCUUUUUGUUUUGUGUGGUCUGGGUUGUGAAUGUAUGAAGUGUUUGAACCGCUGGGGUUUUGUUUUGAAAAGCGUCGGUUAGGCUUCACCUCUUCAUGCCUCACAACCUACCAAACCACAUGAGAAGAGGACGACGUCCGGAGUAGAUUAAACCGCAAACAAAGGCCCCACUUCUCCCCCCCCCCUCUCCCGUCGCUGCCACCUGAACCGAAGAGGAGAAAAUGCGUGUGGAUCUGUUUUGGGUCUGUUUGUGGUGUUUGCUUCGCCCCGGUGCCACCGGUCAAGGGCAGUCGACGGCCGUUUGUUCGCUCUCAUGCAGCUGCGAUGAAGAUGGGGGUGCAGACUGCUCCGGGAGAGGGCUGACCGCCGUCCCAACCGGGCUCAGUACUUUCACCUACUACCUUGACCUGAGCAUGAACAACAUCACUGAGCUUCCAGCAUACGUAUUCAAAAACCUCCCCUAUCUCGAAGAACUUCGACUUCCAGGAAAUGACCUGUCGUUCAUCCACCCCGAAGCCUUUUCUGGACUGCAUCAGCUCAAAGUCCUGAUGCUCCAGAAUAAUCAGCUGAAGACGGUGCCAAACUCGGCACUGAAGAACCUUCACUCUCUCCAGUCUCUUCGUCUGGAUGCCAACCAUAUUACAACUGUUCCGGAUGACAGCUUUGAAAGCCUUCAGCAGCUGCGCCACCUCUGGUUGGAUGAUAACAACCUGAUGGAGGUGCCCGUCGGUUCUCUGAGGCACCAGGCGAACCUUCAGGCUCUGACGUUGGCACUUAACCGCAUCCUGUACAUACCAGACAACGCCUUUGCAAACCUCACCAGUUUAGUUGUACUGCAUCUUCACAACAACAGAAUCAACGAGAUAGGAGACAACUGUUUCUCUGGACUUGUAAACCUGGAGACACUAGAUCUUAACUUCAACAACCUGAAGGUUUUUCCCAAAGCAAUACAGGCCCUCCCCAAACUGAAAGAGCUUGGGUUUCAUAGCAAUGAUAUUGCUUCCAUACCCGAGGGGGCCUUCCACAACAAUCCCCUGCUGAAAACCAUACAUCUUUAUGACAACCCUCUGUCGUUCGUGGGCGCAUCAGCUUUCCAGAACCUGUCCAGCCUGCACUCACUGAUGUUGCGUGGCGCCAGUAUGAUGCAGGACUUCCCCAUCCUUACAUGGACUAACAACCUUGAGAGUCUGACCCUGUCGGGCACCAAGAUAUCGUCCAUACCCACUGAUCUGUGCGAGGACCUCAAAGUGCUGCGAACGCUCGACAUGUCCUACAAUGAGAUAAAACAGUUACCUUCCCUCCAGGGCUGCACCCAGCUGCAGGAGAUAAACUUUCAGCACAAUAAUAUUGAAAAAAUUAACCAAGACACUUUCCAAGGUCUCUCUGCUCUCCGUUUACUAGACCUGAGUAGAAAUGAAAUCCGAGUUAUCCACAGAGAUGCUUUUCUCACCCUCAGGGCGCUCACCAACCUAGAUCUGAGUAUGAACUCUCUCACUGGGAUUCCAACAGCUGGACUGAGCGCGCUCAGUCAGCUGAAACUCUCCGGGAACCCGCAGAUGAAAAAUGUGCUAACUGCAAAUAACCUGCCUAAACUCAGGUCCAUUUCUGUCCCUUACGCCUACCAGUGCUGUGCAUUCGUUGGAUGUGACUCAGUGACGACUUCUUUUGAGAAAGAGCACAUGAAGAAAACUGCAGGUGGGGAAGAUGUGGAAAAAAUCUCAAUGGUUAUGCAUUGUUCUCCUUCACCAGGAGCUUUCAAGCCUUGUGAACACCUCUUGGGUAACUGGAUGAUCCGUCUGACAGUCUGGUUCAUCUGCCUGGUGUCGCUGGUCUUUAACAGCCUGGUGCUGGUGGCCACCUUCUCUCCGUCACACCGAGCUGCUGCCCAUUCCCACUGCCCGACCCCGUCUCUGUCUCCAGCCAGGCUGCUGAUGGGGCUGCUGGCUCUGGCCAACCUGCUCACGGGCUUGUACGUCGGCGUGCUGACUGUGCUCGAUGUUGCUACGUGGGGAUCCUUUGCUGAGUUUGGGGUGUGGUGGGAGAUGGGACCUGGCUGUCAGAUCACAGGAGUUCUGGCCGUCUUCUCGUCAGAGUGGUCAGUCUUGUUGCUGUCGCUGGCAGCCGUGGAGCGCAGCGUGGCCGUGCGGAUGAUUCUUGGGAAGGUCAUGAUGUCGCCCAGGAGGAGUGCCAGCAGCCGUCGCGGGUGCUUAAGAGGAGAUCGACGCUUCAGCCUCGCUGCAGGAUUGCUGGCGCUGCUGGCCGCCGCUGGGGCCUGCCUGCCUCUUGUGACCUCCGGUGAUCAGUCUUCGUCUCCUCUCUGCCUGCCGUUUGCCGGCGGUGAGCGUCCAGCUUUGAGUGUUACGGUCAUUUUGGUGCUGCUCAACGCCGUGGCCUACCUGUUCACCGCAGCUGUGUACACCCAGUUGUACUGCACACUGGGCAGGGUGGAGCUGGCAGAUCCGGAGCAGACGGGUGCCCUGAGACACAUCGCCUGGCUCAUCUUCACCAACUGCAUCUUCUUCUGUCCUGUGGCGGCGUUCUCUUUUGCCCCCCUCCUGACUGGCUCCACAGCUGGUGGCCCGGAGAUUGCCAAGACCGUCACCCUCAUCUUCUUCCCGCUGCCCGCUUGCCUGAACCCAGUGCUGUACGUGUUCUUCAGCCCAGCCUUCAGGGAGGACUGGCUGAGACUACGCAGUCGCAGAAGUUCAACCAGGGAGAUGAAGACCACCACAGAAGGUCACCGAGAUGACAGUGGCGGAGGGUCUGAGCUCACAGACGGGGGCUCCUCCACACACCUAGGCUUUGACUGUGGGAUGUACUCGCAGCUUUGCGGUGAGGUGGUUGUUUGUGAGCAGUGUGAGGCAGCACUGCGUGCCAGGACCUGCUCUUCCCCCUCGUCCUCCACAGUCUGUAGACACUUGGUCAAGUCCCACAGCUGUCCCACCCUCCUGGCUGGAGCUGCGGCAUACCAGCGCUCGGAGGGGUUUUGGGGAGACAGCAGCACGCCGUCUGCACAGUCUGAGUACGCAGACGAGGGGGACUCUUUUGUGUCAGACAGCUCGGACCAGAUUCAGGCGUGCGGCCGAGCUUGCUUUUGUCAGAGCAGAGGCCUUCCUCUUGUACACUACUCAUACAACAUACCUCGAGUCAAGGACUAAUGACGCAUCUGUGUCAUGUGAACUUGGAUGCUACAAGAAUAAACGUUUUUAUAUCAAACAGCAAAAUGUGCCAACUACCCUACGAUUCAGCAAGCACUUAGUUUCUAAUAACUGUGUUAACAGACGCAGCCAAUCAUUUAAAGGGAACUUGGUUUUUUGAACUGAGAAACAGUUUCUAGGAGACCUGAACCGAGAAAGUUGCAUCACAAACUGGUCGACAAAGGAUCUCGCAAAGGAAAAUGUUGCCACCGGUGCCUGCGUCUGCAAGCCUUCAUGUAUGUGUUAAAGAUUUUUUUGCCCUGUUUCACCUGUACUUAUAAGCUUUUAAAAUUUUAAUUAUUAUACAUAUUGUCAAUUUUUUAAGUUUCUUCACAGCAACUUUUGAUUUUAUAAUUUUUUUUUCUUUUACAAAAAUGUAGCAAAUGUAAUAAUCACUCUAAACUUUCAUGUGUGAAUGUAACUUGGUCUUCACCUAGCGGGGGGGAUAAUAUAAAGUCAGCAAUAACUUCUGCCCUGCCUGUGUGUGAUUGUAAAGUGUCUAAAAUAGUCUAAAACAAACAUGUCUUUACUUUAAGACUAAGAAUGUGAUUAAAAGUAGCAGAUAUCACUGUUUCAGCAACAACUAGGCGCGGCGGUUGUGAAAGAUUAUUUAUUGUUUGAGUAGCAUUAAGUCUCUGGCUGGGUGGAGACAGUUUCUGGCCUCUGAAUGAUAAAUACAGUGUAAUAACAAGCAUUCACCAAAACAACAGCACCUUUAUUCGUUUUUCCUCACCAAAAAACCAAAACAAGCACUCGCAUGCAGGUUCAUGUCACUAUUUUUGAUCUUUCUUAUGGAAAAUUCCAGUUAUUUUAAAAUCUGGGCCUUAUUUUCAUAUUUGUUUUUCCUUUUUGAACUAUUUGUUUGCUAAAUUACAGAGCGAUGCACGCUGUUAGCCUUUUCAGUACAAUGACACUUAAAUGAGAUCUGCCUAGGCCUGAUACUCAGAUUGGUUGUGGCCUACAGGGUGAUUGUUAAUGGUGCUGAAUACAGAGUAUUUAUAAGCAUAAACUGCUCAAAAAUUGAAUCCUAUGAAUAAUAAUAAUAAAAAAAGAAAUCAUUUAAAUCACAGGAAUAAACCAACAUUUUGGGAAAUGUGCUUGUUUGCUUAGAGUAAGAUGACAGCCAGCAGCUUGUUAGCUUAGCAUAACCUAAGCCAGGCUUUUUUUUUUGUAUUUGUUUUUUUAUCCACCUGCUGCUCUAGCUCUAUGUUUAGCAUACAUUUACGACCCUGGAUUUACUUCAGAGCAUGGAAACUCACAUAUAUGUUGCAACAAAAAGGCAAUAAACAGUCUAUGAAUUUAAAUCAACUACAUUUAUGCUGGUUAUACUACAAAAAAGUGCAGAGCUACCCGCUGCGGUGACCCCUUGUGGCAAUGGAGCAGCCAAAACUUGCUUUUUUCAUACUAUUGAUUGAAGCCGUAUACAUAUCAAACAGAUUUUGGCUCAUGAGCAAGAAAAAAAAAAACAAAAACUCAUGAAUAUCAUCCAAGACAAACACAUGAAUGUAAUCCUGCUUUCACUUUCACGUGAUUUGAACACUACACAAGACUGGCAGCCAGCUGAGUUGACAAGAUGGUGCAUUAGCAUUGCCAAUAAGUAUGAAAUGGACGAGUAUAACCGAAACGGGGGCGGUUGUUAGUCAGCCACAGAUAUUUAAAGACAAGUAUCUGCAGUGUGCUCUUGUAUUAAAAGGUAUUUGUGUGCAACCUGUGUGUUUCCUGUAUAUGAUGGAUUGACUAGUAAAUAUGUGAUGGUACAAAAAAAAAAGGAAAAUAAGGCCUUGAUUUAAAAAGAAAAGGAAGAUUUAUCUAUAACAGAUUGACUACUUUAACUCUGCUGUUUGAGACUCGCUAUCAGCUUCAGUUAUACUGAGUCCUGUCCGUACAGCUGAUCAGAAAAGCAUUUUUUUUAAUGCUUUAAAGUAAAAUGUAGGUCUUUCCAUCCUGAGAGCUGACCUGAGUGAGGCUGUGUUUGACGAGGGAUUGGCUGGUGUUGUGCUAGAGCAUGACUGUACACAUUGAGGUGGAUACACCCUCUGAGCAUGUAUUCACAAGUGCACGUCAUGUGAGCGCUUUGGAAUUCAGGCAAUGUAGGGAAACAUUUUCUUCCACCAAUAAAACGUUCUUGUGUUCUUCUACUGCAACUUUCAAUUUCGGCGUUUCGACUCCUAUCUUCUGUUUUCACACACCAGACAACUGAGUGUGUAAAUAAGUUCACUUACCAAAAUGUCUCGCUGACUGUUUGAGAUGUCUGAUGCGCCACGUGGUGAAAAUGUAUGCAUCUUUUUCUUUCUUUCUUUCUUUUUGUGUAGUUUUGAUUAUUGUUUUUUGUUUUUGCGUCUGUCUGUAAAUUAUUUGAACACAGAUAAUCAAGAAUGGGAUGCUAACUAAGGAAGCUACCUCCUCAACUGUAGUGGCUACCAACAGUGCUUUGUUAAUUUUUUUAUUUUUUAUUUUUUUGCAUUCUUGGCUUUACAUUGACAGAGGAUAGGUGACAAAUUAAAGGAAAACUCAAACGCCUGACAUCCAUGCAGUGGGGUGGAUUCGGAGGCUUUGCUGUGCUUUGUUGAUAUGUUUAGGUCUGCUUGUCUCUCUGCAAAAUAGAACUUUUCCUUAGCGACUAGCUUUAUCCUGUGGUGACGCAUUUCUGUCAUCAUAUGAGCAGUCUCUUCCAGGAUGAUAAUCCCACAGGGCACGAGGGAUCAUUGAAUCGUUAAUAAUGUUUGUCAUGUGUUCACAGUCGCCAGAUCUCAGCACCUAUGGGAGAUUGUAGACUGAUGAGUAAGACGGGGCUCUCCAGCACCGUCAUCCAAACAGACUUGUAGAAUGAAUGAAUGAAUGAAUGCCACACCUUACAUACGGCUUAAAGUUGGCCUUUCCUUUAAUUUGUCACCUCUGUUUGUACAUCGUUUUAGUUCUUUGCAAAUUGUGGGAGGAAUCUAUGUACUGUAUACUGUGAUUUUUUUUUUUUUACCAACCUUAAACUAUGAAUUUUUUUGUUUUUAUGUUUUAUAGAUAUGAACCUGCAGAAUAAUACAGAUUAUAUAUAAAGUAUCUCACUUAUUUUCAGUUCAAAUUAAAUCUUACUUGUAGUUUUACACGUGAGAUCUCCCCGAGUUGUUUUUAUUCUGUUCAAGUAGAAAAAAAGAUAUUUCUUUAAAUUUUGAAUGAAUA